AUGCCAAAAUACGAUAUUUCAGCCGAUCUGCUCCUCGAUCCAAUAUCGGUGUCGCAAUCGAUAUCGCUGGGCCAGCACCCGGAUAGUGCUAUCGACAAUGUUCGUCGUCUGUAUGAACGACAUGAUAAUGAGGAUGCAGCGCCUCCUAUAUAUUCCGAAAUGCUCAAGCUGCAGUAUGAUGGGAAGAUCAGGAUCGAAAAACGCCUUGUCUCCAAGCUGCCGAACAACACCGAGUCGUGCGCAAUCCUUGUCGGUCACGUCGCCUCAUUAGAGCACCCGACUUGCGCUUUUAUACGCCUGAAGACGGCUCAGAACUUCUACCCCGAAAUCCCGGACAUCCCGGUGCCCACCAAGUUCAUCUUCGUGCUCCUCACCCCCAAGGAUAACUACGAGAACGAGGCCGUAAUGAUUGGGAGGACAUUCGGGGCCCUGCUUUCUGAUGAGGUCUUCCGACGUGUCGCUGAACACACCCAAGAGCCCUACACGAUGGCCGACGCCAUCGAGGAGUUCAUGUCGAACAUGGUGGUGAUUCCGCCCGGGAAAUGUACGACCGAGACGCGUUGGGAGCCGAAAGAUGGGGGAACGGAAGAAGUCCGACUUGGGCAUAUGAACAAGCACAAGGUGUCGCUGGAGGGGAGCUCUACUGACGGAGAAUCCCACGCUGUUGGCCUUUACCGGACUGGUCGUACUUUUGGAGGACUUGCAGCUGACAUUAAGGCGAAUGGCUGGGAUUUUUUGGAAUUCCGCCUACUAGUCGGUAUCUGGAUUUUCAUCAUGCUGAUGAUUCUGACAGCUACAGAUGCUUCUGCACUUGUUGGGUUGAUCACACGCUUUACUGAAGAUGCCUUCGCUACACUAAUUAGCGUGGUUUUCAUCAUCCAGGCGUUCGAAAAACUGAUCGGCAUCGGAGCAACAGAAGCCAAGAAAUCCGCGGCAAAAAUGGCAGCGCUCCAAGCUUCCGGUUGCAAGUGCUUCAACGAUACACGUGAAGGCGCCUGUGAUCUCGGUGAAUUCCGGGAGCUCGACAACCAGAUCGACGUCUACCAAUUGUCCAUAAUUUUGACGUUCGGCACCUUUGCGUUGACAUACGCCUUCAAGGAGUUCCGGAAGUCGCCGUUCUUCUCUUCAAAUAUCCGAAACGCCGUUUCCGACUUCGGCGUCCUAAUAGCUAUUGUCGUUAUGACCGCCUAUUCGCACUACGUUGGGGAAGACAAAGUCCCGACCCUCAAUAUCCCGGACAGCUUCAGGCCGACGAAAGACCGCUCAUGGCUCGUGCUCCCCGUCGACGUGCCACUCCACCUGAUUCUGAUCGCCAUCCUCCCAGCAGCUUUUUACACUAUUUUGAUAGUCAUGGAUCAACAGAUUACUGCGGUUAUCGUCAACCGCAAGGAUAAUCUCUUAAAGAAAGGCUACGGCUACCAUCUUGACCUUCUCGUCAUCGCCAUUCUCGUGCUCAUCUGCUCAUUCCUGGGGCUGCCAUUCUUUGUAGCAGCUACUGUGCUUUCCGUGAUGCACGUCGACUCCUUGAGAGUACAAUCCGAGAGUGCGGCUCCGGGAGAAAAGGCACAGAUGCUAGGUGUCAAAGAGCAGCGGCUGACGGCUAUUCUUGCCCAUUUGAUGAUUGGAGUCUCGGUUUUCUUAACUCCCGUGAUUAAGCUCGUGCCAAUGCCCGUCCUCAUCGGUGUUUUCUUGUAUAUGGGAGUAGUGUCCCUAAUCCACCAGCAAUUCGUCCAACGAGUCGCACUCUGGUUUAUGCCGGUGAAGCAUCAGCCCGACUACACUUGGCUACGUUGCGUGAAAAUGCGUCGUGUUCACCUCUUUACUCUGAUUCAAAUGCUGUCUCUUAUCGGGCUUUUUGUCGUCAAGUAUUCUCCGGUAGUAAAGAUGGCCUUCCCGUUGAUGCUCAUCAUUAUGGUUCUUAUCCGAAUGAUGCCACUCGAAAAAGUAUUCACCCAGUCCGAGCUCAAAUCACUAGACGACGUCCUGCCGAGCUUCAAGGAAGUGAUGUUCCCGAAAAAUCGGGGGAAGCUGAGCAUCAACCAAUACGAAAAAGUCAACCAGGAUCCGGAAGCUCUGCUCAUCAAGGAGAGCCGG